GGGCCGUGCCCACCCGAAUCCAAGAUGGCGGCGCUGGGGACUGGCAACGGGGCCCCUCGAGGGAGUAGGUGAAGCGGCCUCGGCCGGAGGCUUUGGGCCCCACCGCUCCAGUUCGUCCCUUCUUUCCCGGAGCUGGCGGGGAAGUAGGCCUCUCGUCCCAGCCAUGGCUGCGGAAAGUAGCAAGCAGUUCUGGAAGCGGAGCGCGAAGCUGCCGGGCAGCAUUCAACCUGUCUAUGGUGCUCAGCACCCUCCACUGGAUCCCCGGCUUACAAAAAACUUCAUCAAGGAACGUUCCAAGGUUAAUGCACUGCCCAUGAAGAAUAAGAAGGCCAGCAGUUUUCAUGAGUUUGCGCGCGAUACCAGUGAUGCCUGGGACAUUGGGGAUGAUGAAGAUGAGGAUUUUUCAUCUUUCCAGACUUUGAACUCUAAGGUGGCAAAAGCCACAGCUGCACAAGUUCUGGAGAACCACAGCAGGCUGCGUGUGAAACCUGAAUGGCCUCAGUCAGCCCUGAGUGAAGCACCAACCAACUGUAAAGUCAUCAAGUCCAAUAGUGAGGCCCAGCUGUCCAGAGCACAUGAGGAUUCCUGUGUGCGCAAUCCCCUCCACAAACAACAAUCACUCCCACUCCGACCCAUCAUUCCACUUGUUGCUCGCAUCUCUGACCAAAAUGCUUCAGGGGCUCCUCCCAUGACAGUACGUGAGAAAACUCGUUUGGAGAAAUUCCGGCAGCUUCUCUCCAGCCACAACACAGAUUUAGAUGAACUGAGGAAAUGCAGCUGGCCUGGUGUCCCCAGAGAGGUCCGUCCUGUGACGUGGCGACUUUUAUCAGGUUAUCUCCCUGCCAACAUGGAGCGAAGGAAACUGACCUUGCAGCGCAAACGGGAGGAGUAUUUUGGUUUCAUUGAGCAGUAUUACGACUCUAGAAAUGAGGAGCACCACCAAGAUACAUACCGGCAGAUCCAUAUAGACAUUCCACGGACAAACCCCCUCAUCCCGCUGUUCCAGCAGCCAUUAGUCCAGGAGAUCUUUGAGCGAAUCCUGUUUAUCUGGGCCAUCCGACACCCAGCCAGUGGCUACGUGCAAGGGAUUAAUGACCUGGUCACUCCAUUCUUUGUUGUAUUUCUCUCCGAAUAUGUUGAAGAGGACGUGGAGAACUUUGAUGUAACAAACCUGUCUCAGGAUGUGCUGAGGAGCAUUGAAGCAGACAGCUUUUGGUGCAUGAGCAAACUGCUGGAUGGGAUACAGGACAACUACACAUUUGCACAGCCAGGAAUCCAAAAGAAAGUGAAAGCACUGGAGGAGCUCGUCAGUCGUAUUGAUGAGCAGGUACACAAUCACUUUAGGAAGUAUGAAGUGGAAUACCUGCAGUUUGCCUUUCGCUGGAUGAACAAUUUACUGAUGAGAGAGCUUCCUCUUCGCUGCACCAUUCGCCUUUGGGACACAUACCAGUCUGAGCCAGAGGGAUUCUCUCACUUCCAUUUAUAUGUCUGUGCUGCAUUCUUGAUUAAGUGGCGGAAAGAGAUCUUGGAUGAAGAGGACUUCCAGGGCCUUCUAAUGUUGCUACAAAACCUGCCCACGAUACACUGGGGCAACGAAGAGAUUGGACUCCUCCUUGCCGAAGCCUACAGACUCAAGUACAUGUUUGCAGAUGCCCCCAAUCACUACCGCCGAUAAGUACCACGGUUCUGCCUCGGCUACCCAUCAUGCUGGCCCAACCCCAAUCACUGUGGCAUUUCAUCACCCAAGUCCUUGGACACCCUGACCAGGAGCCACUCCUUGAUGUAAAAAGCUCACGUUGGACUUCUGUCUUAAUUUUUGCGUGUGCCUGCCUGCCACUCCGUGUGUGGAUGUGCCACUCAAACCAUUAGUAUCCCAUGCUGUGAUGGUGGCCUGAGCCCGGGUGGGAGCUAUAAGAAUAAACUGAGUCUCUGAAUGCCCUCCAAGCUCCAGCCUGGGUCAUCUAUGCCUUGCAGCCUCUUGUUAACCCGUCUAAGCACGGACACACUCGCGCACUCCCCAGCUGGGCCCGUGUUGUUUGUUUUUCUUCAGAUGCUGUUCAAUCAAACUUCCCCAAUGAAGAUGCCUUACAAAGAGUCCUGCCCAGGGAAUGGCAGUGCUGUUGGACAAAAGAAGCUCUCAGGGCUUAGCUUCACUCCAUGCGUCUGAAGAAGUGCAGCAUUUCAGAGGUUCAGACGGGACACAUACUCUCCACUUACACACAUGCAUGUGCACACACACCUCUCGUGCAGCAUGUCUCUCUGCGUAGGUUGGUGUACAUGUGUUCAGAAGGCUGUCUUGUCCGCGCACAGUUUGGAAUGACGCAAUUGAACAAGACAGAACUCCUCCUGUGAUUGACUGACUGACUGACUGACUGACUGACUGACUGAUCGAUUGACCUGCUGUGUGCAUUGAAAUGGAGGGUGGGGGAGCUGUGCUUCUAAAAAUUUCCUUUCUGCGACAAUGGCACUCCUCCAAGGCAUUAUGUGUAUAUUGUGUUCUUGUGUAUAUGGGUAAAAGAUGUACAAUAUAAGUCUUCUGUUUGUAGCAGAUAUGAUUUUAUAUUUAUAAUAUGCGCCCCAAGCUUGUACAGGUGGCCUAGGUUACAAAUAACAGUGGGCCUCCCAAUCCCCUGGUUGUCAGGGUUUUGGAGCUGUCAGAAUACCUGCACUAGCACGUUUCCCUGCCCUCCAGCUGCCCACUCAGCCCCAGCUCCAGGCGUGCACAUUUCAUUUCUAUCAGGAAAAACUUGACUCCAAAGCGAAACAGCGUUGCGUGGCCUCUGGUGCUGAAGAAGUGGGAAAGAUUGAGGAAGUGGGCAUUUGCUACUGCAACAGGCACCUUGGACUUGCCGGGACUUGACCUGAAGGUUGUCUGACCUCCCCGUCAGUGCUAGAGCGUGCCCUUGCCGAAACCCUCUCAGUGCCCUUGCUUGUCCUCUUCAAAAAGUGCAGCUAUGGUUGAGACCACUCCUGUAGGUUGCUGGACUUCAGACAGCAAAUGGAUCCUGACCUCUCUUUCCUGACAUUCCUCCUCCCAGCCCUAACUGAAAUCUGCAAUCUUCCAUUCAGACAGUGGGGAGGCCACAAAUGGGCUUCUCUUUUCAAGGAGCUGAACUGUUGUGGCAAGAUAGGAGACAGCACCUUCUGCCCAUGCCCCUCCCUCUUUUCCCCACUAUUCUUCAAGGUGAUUUUCAGUGAACAAAGGAGAAUGUGUUUUUAAUUUAACAGUUUAUUCCAGCCAGCAGGCGCAGUCUCAUUAGUGCCAAGCCGUGACCUGUCAGGUCAGAUUUGUUCCCCUGGACUGAGCUCCUCAGCUUGGUGCUGGGUUGACUUCUGCUCAUGUCAUCAGGCUUCAAACCCACCCUGUUUUGUUCUCUCUCUUGGGGCUUAAGAUGGAAAGCAAUUCACUGGCUUUUCUUUCCGUGAUGACACCAGGGGACAUGGGAGGCAUGAGAAGGCGAGGGCCUUGCCGCCAUUCAAAUGCCAAGCAGUGUCUCUCGAGUUGCUUUCCUAACCUGGAAUUGUUUUCUCAGGCAUUCUGACUUGAUUUUCUUUUGUGUGUGUGCCUUUUGUUGUUUCCUCUGAGACAGCGACCUGGUGGUCAUUAGUUUAACAUGACUAAUUAAAAAAGAAAAACCA